ACUCGAAACAGGCAACAACAAACUUCUCUUGGCUGGCUUUAAAGCGUUUAGCUAACAGCCAUGGCGUUCGUUAUGAAAGUUCUGUUUUUGUCUGCGUUGGCGUAUAGUGCUAAUGCCGGGAUCCUUACUGGAGAACACAGCUCCGACUCCUUCUUAUCUUCAGCUCUGAAUUCUCCCUCGGCUAACUUCGGUUCGCCGUCUACUUCAUACGGACCACCAGCUCCAUCUUUGGACUUAAAUGGACCAGGAGCGAGUGUAGAUGGAAGCUUAUUAUCCGAUGACCACUCUUCAGGCGUGCUUUCUAUUCAUGACCAUGGACCAGUUUCGUUGGGAGAUCAACCCUUGGCCAGUGGCCCAUCUCUGGGUGGUGGCAUUGGAUUCGGCGACUCUGGACUUAGCGGCCCAGGACUUAACGGACCAGGACUUGGCGGCCCAGGACUUGGCGGCCCAGGACUUAGCGGCCCAGGACUUAGCGGCCCAGGAUUGGCCAAUGGACCUGCCUUCGGUGGUGAUGCAGGUUUUGGAGGCCCCGCAUUAGGAAGCGGACCUAUCUCGAAUGGUGCCCCAGUCCUAGGACCGAGUGGUGGUGAUGGUGCUUUAAUUGGUGCUCCCGCAUCUGCCCCCGCAUUUGGAACUCCCAUCGGCCCAGUACUCGACACUGGACUCGCAGGUCCCGCCGCCAACGGCGCUCUCGGAGCCACCGUCAACGUCGGCCGCCCAGUAGCUGGCGCCUCCAGAUACGAGCUGCAGUCUGUGGUACAAAACGUCGUUCGUCGCAUCCCAGUAGAAGUAACCCGUCACAUCCAAGUGUCAGUACCCCAGCCCGUCCCUGUCCCCGUACGUCAGGAAGUCAGAGUGCCAGUGCCUCAGCCCUACCCCGUCCACGUUGACGUCGUUAAGCAUGUCCCUUACCCUGUCUACAAAACUGAGCACGUUGAAGUGGAAAGGCCAGUACCCGUUGAGGUCGUGAAGCAUGUACCAUUCGAGGUGAUUAGGAAGGUACCCAUCCCAGUAGAAAGGCCCUACGAGGUUAUCAAGAAAGUCCAUGUCCCCGUCGAGAAGCACGUGGAGGUGCCCGUGCCCGUGUGGAAGCCUUACCCCAUCCACAUCAUCAAGCACGUCACUCACUACAAAAAGAAGAGCUGCUGCUGGUGAACAAAAUGUAAAAAAAACAGUCAUGAUCCUACCAAAUAGUCAAUACAAUUGUAAAUAUUGAUAGUCAUUAGCUGUAAUAAGAAACUGUGUAUAUUUUUCUAAGAUUUUUUU